CACACACACACACACACACACGCAUGCUUUCACAGUGUCAGUCUGCAGUCACUGAACUGUCGCUCUCUCUCUCUCUCUCUCUCUCUCUCUCUCUCUCUCUCUCUCUCUCUCUCUGCUUCUCUGCAGGGUCGACCCCUCCAGUUUUUAGUCAGAUCCAGUUCGGUCCCGUUAACGGUCAGAGUGUUUAUCUUCUCCUGCGGUAAAACGUGCAGCAGCGGUGUGUGUGUGUGUGAUGUGUGUGUGAGAUGUGUGAGUAGUUGUCAGGCAGCAGCACCCUGAGGUGUCUCCAUCAUGGACCGGAUAAGUGUCUCCUUUCUGGACCCCCUGGAUGAUUACGAGUUAAUCCACAGGAUCGGGUGCGGCACAUACGGAGACGUGUUCAAGGCUCGUAACAUCCGGACGUCCGAACUGGCAGCUAUCAAGAUUGUGAAGCUCGACCCGGGUGAUGACAUCACGACCAUCCAGCAGGAGAUUACCAUGAUGAAGGAGUGCAAACACAAAAACAUUGUGGCAUACUUCGGAAGCUACCACAGGAACACCAAGCUGUGGAUCUGUAUGGAGUACUGUGGAGGAGGCUCACUGCAGGAUAUGUACCACGUGACGGGCCCGUUAAAGGAGAAGCAGAUCGCCUAUGUGUGCAGAGAAACCCUCCAGGGUUUGUAUCACCUGCACGAAACUGGAAAGAUGCACCGAGACAUAAAGGGAGCGAACAUCCUUCUGACAGAGAGAGGAGACGUUAAACUGGCUGAUUUUGGAGUAGCAGCAGAGAUCAGCGCCUCUGUGGCCAAGAGGAAGUCUUUCAUAGGAACUCCAUACUGGAUGGCUCCUGAGGUGGCGGCGGUGGAGAAGAAAGGCGGCUACAACCACCUGUGUGACAUCUGGGCCGUCGGCAUCACGGCCAUCGAGCUGGCCGAGCUCCAACCGCCCAUGUUCGACCUCCACCCGAUGAGAGCUCUGAUGUUGAUGUCAAAGAGCAGCUUCCAGCCUCCACGUCUAAAGGACAAAACCAAGUGGUCUGCAGGUUUCCAGAGCUUCGUGAAGAUGGCACUCAUUAAAAACCCUCGUAAAAGGCCGUCAGCGGAGACCCUGCUGCAGCAUCCGUUUGUGACUCAGCUGCUGACUCGUAACCUCGUCAUCGAGCUGCUCGACAUGGCCAACAACCCCGAGCUGCACAGCACGCACACGCACAGCAUGGACGACAUGGAGCUGGAGGUCGGGGAAGUCGGUCCAGACAAAAUCCAGUCAGCAGGGAAACACCUGCCUGCAGAGAGGACGCUGUCUGAAGAGCAAUUCGACCAGGUGAAGUUCGGACCUCCACUGAGGAAAGUCACAGAACCGUAUCCUGACCUGCAGGGUUCCUAUGACGACGACUGGAGUCUGUCUGGAGACGAAGACAACUCACCGAGUCUGUUGGAAUGUGUGGAACAAGCCCUGCAGCUCAGAAGUUUAACCAUUCGGAGGGCGCCAUCUGCUGAUGGAGGUAAGAAGAGCGGCUUGUUCAGCCCGUCCACAGCCUCCCUGCCCGCCUUCAGCUCCUUAUGUCCAAACACAGACAACAGAGACCUGACCCUGAGACCAAGCUGCACGCUGGGACCUGAGGCCGCCGUCACAGCUGACUCCACCUCCACUACAGUAUUGUCCAGGUGCUCGGCCACACAGGACAUCAGACAGCGCUGCAGUGACCCAUGUCUGCCUGCGGGGGACGCUGUAACAGCAGAGAAAAAGAGGGCUAAGUCUGUCACCUCUCCAAAGAGAGAGACGCCACUAUCACCUGAAUGGAGCACGCUGAGGAGGAAGACCGAGGACUCUAGGGCUGCCUGUCAUGGACUCCCUCCCACCCCCCAAGUCCAUAUGGGAGCCUGCUUCUCCAAAGUCUUCAAUGGUUGUCCUCUUCAAAUCCACUGUGCCGUCACCUGGAUUUUACCCAAAACAAGAGAUCAGUACCUCAUUCUUGGAGCCGAGGAGGGCAUCUACUCACUGAACCUGAACGAACUUCAUGAAGACACGCUCGAGAAGCUGCUCCCUCAGCGAUGCACGUGGCUGUACGUCAUGAACAAUGUGUUGAUGUCUGUAUCAGGGAAGUCCUCGCAACUUUAUUCCCACAGUCUGACGGAGCUGUUUGAACACAGAGGACAUGUGCAGAAGAAACACAGCAGUCUGUCACUCAGCACCAACCGCUUCGCUGAGAGGAUCAGCACCAGUCAGAGAAAGUUUGCCGUCUCUGUGAAGAUUCCCGACACUAAAGGCUGCAGGAGAUGUAGUGUAGCAAGGAACCCGUACACUGACAGUACCUUUCUAUGUGCAGCGGUUCCAUCUGGUCUAGUUCUGUUACUGUGGUAUGAGCCUCUGCAGAAGUUCAUGCAUCUAAAGCACAUACCAAUCAAGCUUCCAGACUCUCUUCCCAUAUUCGAGCUGCUGGUGUUGGUGACGGAUGAGUUUCCUCAGCUGUGUGUCGGAGUGAGAGACUGUCCUAACGGGAAGCGGCCCGUCAGCCAACAGCUCCAGUUUGAUAUCAUAGAGCUGAACAGCUCGCCUGUUUCUGCACCAGACAGUGGAGCUCUGAUGGCAGCACAGGUAACCCAACUGGACAGAGACACCGUUCUCAUCGUGUUAGAAAAAACUGUGAAGGUCGUGAACCUGCGAGGACUUCCGUCCAAGGAGCUCGCUGCUGAGAUGAUCUUUGACUUCCCCAUCGAAACUCUGGUGUGUUUACAGGACAGUGUGCUGGCUUUCUGGAAGCAUGGCCUAAAAGGGAGGAGCUUUCAUUCAAACGAGGUAACUCAAGAAAUCACAGACGAGAGUCGAGUGUUCAGAGUUCUGGGAACAAACAGAGACAUCAUCCUUCAGAGCACGCCGACAGACAUGCCGUCCGCUCUGAGUAACCUUUACAUCCUGACCGGACAUGAAAGCAGCUACUGAGACAUCUCACACUGAAGGGAAACCUGUUCUAAAAGACUGUAGUGUGAGAAUGAUUCUCUCUUUGACUGAAGCUGUGGAGGCAGAAACUGAACACCCAGACUGUCGGCUACAGAGGCCUGAAGCAGAAAAACAAGAAGAAGAAAUGUAAAAUGUUAUUCCACGUUCUUAAAAAAACAUUGUCAUCAAAGGUUAUAAAUAAUAGAUUGUGUUUAAGAAGUGGAAAAAGUCUCUUGGUUAAAAAAAAAAAUGAAUGCAGAUAUGUCUUAAAGACGCAUUCUUUCUAAUAGCCAGCAGGGGGCGACUCCACAGGAUGUCAGAAUGAAACCCUCAAACAGACAGGUGUUAGACCUAGUCCACAUGUAGGCAGGUAUUUUUUAAACAGAGGUUUUCCUCCUCUGUUUUAAAAAACAAUCCUGUUCACACACGCUCAGUUCUCAAAAACAUCUUCGUCCACAUGAAAACGCAAAACGCACAGUUGUUUUCCCAUCAACCCGAAGUCCCACUGGGUCUCGUCCACGGCUCAUUGGGGUUUAUGUGAUGGGAGUGUUGUAUGAAGCAGCAUUGACCUCCGUCGUCCAAUAAGGUGUCUCUGCUCGUCAACAUAGUGGGAGAGUAACUGUGUGUGUAUGUGUGAGCAUGUAAAAAGUCCAGUUAGCAACGUUAGCACCAGCGCUAGUUUGGUUAGGUCUGCCAUCACACUAAUCUCAUGUCAACUGAAGUGACUGCGUCACACGAUGACGUCACACGGAGGAGAAACCGCCACACAGCGUGACGUCACAAGAACAAAACUCUGUUUACCCCGUCUACACAGAAACACCUUAAACUGAGUUUCUGAACAUCUUUGAGUUUCACUAAAGGACAGUUUCCAGUGAGCUAAAACUCUGUUUGCGUACAAAGUCCAAAACGCAGAGAAAAAGCUAUGUGUUCUAAAAUACCCGCCUACGUGUGGACGAGGCCUCAGACUCUGGAUUUGUCCCCUUUAAACCGUGUGAGUGAUCGUUUGUUCAUCAGUCUGACUGUUACAAAGAAACAGGACACUUGUUUAAAUGUAUUCUUACUCGUAUCAUAUCAUAAUUCUGAAAACCGUGAAUGUGCGAGCGUAGCAGCGUUUACAUUAUGUGCCACCAUGUUGGGAGAGCGGGGAAUGUGAUUGGUCUGUCCAUCGCUGUCGGUGACCUUUAAGUGCCAUAAACAGAUUAAUCUUGUGACUCUCGUCCAUCUUAUGUUUGAACUAAUCAUGUGUUCACAGAAUCUAAAUGUGUAUUUGAUUAGAGGAGGCGUCAGAGAAACUGGAUUCAACUAAACCUGCUUGUUUGGCUAAAAUCAAAAAUAUAAACUCACUACAGUCAGGUGUGUGUGUGUGUGUGUGUGUGCGCAUGUGUGUGCGUUGAUAUUUAUGUUAAGGGAAGCGUUUCAAUAACACUCACGUUUCCCUGAGAUAUACUUGAAGAGCAUCAUAUGAUACAGUCAUUUGUUUUUUUAAUGAUGAUUUUAUUAUUUGUGUGUACAUUUCAUGUAUAUAACACAGUAAACUUUUACAUGAUGUAAUGGGUUGUAUUAUGCGAAAUAAAGAUUUUAAUAUACUCUAAA